AUGUCUUCACGAAUCGAUGAACUCGAGAAGGAAGUCGACCGUCUUGUAGUUCAAAAAAAGGAUGUCGACGAGUUAGAGAAGCGGGUGAAGGAAGAGGAGAAAAAGAAUUCAAAUUUGCGUGUUUUUUUGAGACACGAAAACGAUAACACGAUGUUCGGAACCGAUCGUUAUAAUCACAACACUUUCGAAAAUGAAUCAAUACAAUGA